AUGUUAUCCAUCCUUUAUAAAAAUAAGUCUGCCGUGUUGGCUAGUACCAACCGUAUGAUUAGAUUGGCUUCAACAUCUACUAAAACCACUAUUAAUAGUACUACAAAACCAUCAACUACAACUGCUACUGCAUCUCCAACUGCAACUACAACUGCUAAUAAAACUACAACAAACAGUCCAAUAACUGAACCUAAAAGAGAUAUCUCGUCUACAACUAGUGAAUCAGUCUCGACAUCUUCACCUAAUUCUCAAAAGCAAACUAUUUCUCCUGUAAAUAAAUCUGGAACUGGUUAUGCCUCUUUCAAAACUGCUAAAGUAAUUGAAACUGAAUAUAAUGAUAAACCUACUGUAGUCAUUCUUGGGUCAGGUUGGGGUGCCAUUGCAUUCUUAAAACAUAUUGAUACUAAAAGAUAUAACGUAGCAAUAAUAUCUCCAAGAAAUUAUUUCCUAUUCACUCCAUUAUUACCUUCCACUCCCGUCGGAACUGUGGAUGAAAAAUCAAUCAUUGAACCUGUGGUCAACUUUGCAUUAAAGAAAAAGGGUAAUGUCACUUAUUAUGAGGCUACAGCUACUGAAAUUAAUCCAGAUAGAAAUACUGUAACAAUUAACUCUUUAUCAAACGUUUCCAAAUUGAAUCAUCAUCCCUCUCAAUCAUCUGCAAACGCAAAUACAAACACAAAAACAAACAAUGAUACAAUGUUAACUCAAGAUGAUUGCGCUGAAAUUAAAUACGAUUACUUGAUUUCUGCUGUUGGAGCUGAACCAAAUACUUUUGGUAUCCCAGGUGUAGAAAAACAUGGUCUCUUUUUAAAGGAAAUUCCAAACUCUUUACAAAUUAGACAAAAAUUCGCUUCUAAUUUAGAAAAGGCAAAUUUAUUACCACCAGGUGAUCCCGAAAGGAAAAGAUUAUUAUCCAUUGUAGUAGUAGGUGGAGGCCCCACAGGUGUGGAAACCGCUGGUGAAUUACAAGAUUAUGUUCAUCAAGAUUUACAAAAAUUCUUACCCUCUGUUGCUAAAGAAGUUCAAAUUCAUUUAGUCGAAGCAUUACCAAUUGUAUUAAAUAUGUUUGAAAAAAAACUAUCCUCUUAUGCUCAAGAAACAUUGGAAAAGACAUCAAUUAAAUUACAUUUGAAAACAGCAGUGGCUAAAGUGGAAAAGGAUCAUUUAAUUGCCAAGACAAAGAGCGAUGAUGGGAAAACUGUCAUUGAGGAAAAAAUUCCAUAUGGUACUUUAAUUUGGGCAACAGGUAAUAAGGCAAGACCAAUUGUAACAAAUUUAUUCCCCAAGAUUACUGAACAAAAUAAAUCAACAAGAGCUUUAUCCGUUAAUAAAUAUUUACAAGUCAUUGGUUCAAAUAAUAUUUUCGCUAUCGGUGAUAAUGCAUUCAUUGGAUUACCUCCAACGGCUCAAGUGGCACAUCAACAAGCUGAAUAUUUAGCCAAGAAUUUCGAUAAAAUGGCUCAAUUACCAAAUUUCCAUGAAAAAUUACAAUCAAGGAAGCAAAAAUUCGAUUUAUUAUUUGAAGAAAAUAAAUUUAAACCAUUUAAAUAUACUCAUUUUGGUGCAUUAGCUUAUUUAGGUUCAGAGAGAGCAAUUGCUAAUAUCACCUACGGUAAAAGAUCAUUAUAUACUGGAGGUGGGUUAAUCACUUUCUAUAUUUGGAGGCUUUCUUAUUUGGCAAUGAUCUUAUCUGCUAGAUCAAGAUUCAAAGUCAUUACUGAUUGGUUAAAAUUAGCCUUUUUCAAAAGAGAUUUCUUCAAAGGUUUAUAA